AUGGAUAUCCGGCGACAGCCAACUUUGAUGUGUUCACAGACAACGGCUCCGUUACCAAGGAUACCAACACAUGAUCAGUGUCACGUGACCCGAAAAUCUCAGUCAAUGGGUCAUGCUGACAUGGAUGAGUGCGAGCGAAGGGGCGUUGUAACUACUAAUAUCUAUCUAUCUAUCUAUCUAUCUAUCUAUCUAUCUAUCUAUCUAUCUAGCUCGGUCAAUCUAUUCAUAUCUAUCUAUCUAUCUAUCUAUCUAUCUAUCUAUCUAUCUAUCUAUCUAGCUCGGUCAGUCUCUUCAUAUCUAUCUAUCAAUUUAUCUAUCUCUCUAUCUAUCUCGCUAGCUAGCCUGGUCAUUCUGUUCAUAUUUAUCUAUCAAUUUAUCUAUAUCUCUAUCGAUCUCGAUCAAUCUGUUCAUUAUCUAUCUAUCUAUCUAUCUAUCUAUCUAUCUAUCUAUCUAUCUAUCUAUCUCGGUCAAUCUGUUCAUAUCUAUCUAUCUAUCUAUCUAUCUAUCUUGGUCAGUCUUUUCAUAUCUACCUAUCUAGCUAGGCCAGUCUGUUCAUAUCUAUCUAUCUAUCUAUCUAUCUAUCUAUCUAUCUAUCUAUCUAUCUAUCUAUCUAUCUAUCAAUCUAUCUAUCUAGCUAGCUCGGUCAAUCUAUUCAUAUCUAUCUAUCUAGCUAGCUCGGUCAGUCUCUCCAUAUCUAUCUAUCAAUUUAUCUAUCUCUCUAUCUAUCUCGUCUGUUCAUAUUUAUCUAUCAAUUUAUCUAUAUCUCUAUCGAUCUCGGUCAAUCUGUUCAUUAUCUAUCUAUCUAUCUAUCUAUCUCGGUCAAUCUGUUCAUAUCUAUCUAUCUAUCUAUCUAUCUAUCUAUCUAUCUAUCUAUCUAUCUAUCUUCCUAUCAAAUCUAUCUAUCUAUCUAUCUAUCUAUCUAUCUAUCUAUCUAUAUAUAUAUAUAUAUAUAUAUAUAUAUCGGGUCAUAACUAUCUGUAUAUCUAUCUAUCUCGAAGAACAACCAGAAUAGAUUAUAACUUCGUUGUAUCUUUCUUUUUUCAUUCUUUCUUUCUUUCUUUCAUUCAUUCUUUCUUUCUUUCUUUCUUUUCGUUUCAUAUUCUUUCAUUUUUUAUUUCUUUCUUAUUUUUUCUUUCUUUCUUUUCAUCAUUUCGUUUCAUUCUUUCUUUUACACCAGCUUUCUUUCUUUCUUUCUUUCUUUCUUUCUCAAUACUUUCCAUUCUUUAUUUUCCAUUCUUUACUUUCUUUUUUGUUUUUCAACAUUUUUCUUUAUUUCUUUAUUUAUUUUCUUUCUUUCUUUUUUCUAUCAUUUCAUUAAAUUCUUUCUCUUCUUUACACCAACUUUCUUUGUUUCUUUUUGCUUGUUGUUUGUUUGUUUGUUUUUUCUUUCUUUCUUCAUUCUUUCUUUCUUGCUCAUUACUUUCCAUGAAUUACUUUCUUUCUUUAAUUUUUAACAUUUUUCUUUCUUUAUUUUCUUUCUUUCUUUCCAUCAUUUCGUUCCAUUCUUUCUCUCUUUUACACCAGCUUUCUUUCUUUCUCGUUACUUUCCACGAAUUCCUUUCUUUCUUUCUUUCUUUCUUUUCUUUCUUUCUUUCUUUCUUUCUUUCUCAUUACUUUACACGAAUUCCUUCCUUUCUUUCUUUCUUUCUUUCUUUUUCAACAUCUACUUCUUUUUUCUUUCUUUCUUUCCAUUUUCCUUAUCAUUCCAAACUCAAAUCUCGAUUAGCAACUUCCCAUCGUAAAGAUAGCUGUUCCGUUAUUGAAGUCGUCUAG